AUGCCCUUUAGCCGGCCGAGCCAGGAAUCCAUCAGCAGCUGCAGAGACACCAUCCCUAUCCCUGUGCCUACGCAGAUUCUCAAUUACCAGCGAAUCGAGCAGAACCUCCAGUCUCCAAAGCCCUGCAGCUCUCCAAGGCUUGGGAGGGUUCGAAGGCCAGGCAGUACCAGCCCCUUGGGUUUCAACAGAACAGGGCCGUCCCCUCCAUGCCCUGGAGAACAGGCAUCGAACCCAUUUCGAAGGUCAUCUUCCGGAAGCUUGAAACCUUUCUCGCUAUCACCACAAGUUGGCACAAUCCCUGAGCAGUUGGAUCAUUUUGUCAGUGCCACUCCUAUUGGAUCAGAGACACGGGUCAGACACACAUUGCCAGGCCUUUUCCUGACAGAGCCACACCAGCACAGAUUGGGUUCCAGAUUGCACAGCGCUCCUAAUCUCUCAGACACACACCAAUGUCAGCACAAAAUGAGGAAACAAUACACUGAGCCAGUGGUGACCUGUAUACCGCAAAACCAGCCCCUGCAGCCUUGCAGGCAGAUGAGGUCCUCUCCUAAACUCUCGGAAUUAAUUCAGCGAAGCCCUCUCCCAACCAUCGUGGGUUCUCCAACAAAGGUUCCGUCUCUUUUCGAAUUCUCUGAGACACCUGGCUCUCCUAACCUAGUCACACUGCUCACUCACCAGGGCCUCUCACUAGCCUCAGCUCGUAACAGGACAGUGCCAACCCUGAGCCCCCUCCAGAACCAGCACAUCAACGUCGGAUUGAAACCUGUCGAUGAGAUCAAGGAACCAUUUGGCAGGUCACUCAGUGCUGGCAAACUGUCUGAUCUACUACUGAAGGCAGCAUUUGGGGGACCCACUUUGGACCCUGUCAGCAACGAUAGCCUAAACACAGAGAAACCAAUGGAUAUAACAGCUGCAGGCCCUCCCAGAGGCUGGGUCUCCUCAGGGACAGGGACAGCUUUCUCCAGCAGCCCAGCCCCUGUGGUUUUCACUGUUGGGUCUCCUCCCAGUGACACCUCACCGAGCUCUGGCAGAACGAGAAUGUUUUCAGUCGGCUCCUCCAGUUCAAUAAGCUCGGUGGGCUCCAGCAGUAGUCGGGUGUUCCAGUGUUCACCAGCAGGAGCCAGCACGGAGUCCCCUCCUGCAGCGUAUGAGGGACCCUUGAGUCUCCGGUACAUGUACCCUGACACCAUCGCGACGAACAUUGAGGCAAUGGUGACCUUCGAAGCACCAGAACUACCAGAAGAAACACUUAUGGAGCAGGAACACACCGAGAUACUCAAGAACCUACGGUUCACCCUGGUCUUUGUCCACUGUGUGAUGGAGAUUGCUUCGGCUAAGGGUAACCCCUUCGAGAUGGUCUGCAGCUCGGUGAACUCAGCCAACCAGCUACAGGAGAGCGUGGUCGCUGAUCAGAUUAGUCUGCUCAGCAAAGAGUGGAGCUAUGCGGAGCAGUUGGUUCUCUAUAUGAAGGUGACAGAGCUCCUGGCAUCAGCUUUACACAUGAGCAAGAACCAGAUCAAGCUAGGCAAGCUGUGCCCAUCAUCGACUGUCAAACAAGUGGUGAAGAAGCUGAACGAGCACUACAAAUCCUGUGUGUUUCACUGUCGCUGUCUCACAGACAGACUCCAACGCUUUUUCAUUCAUAAACAACGGCUCAUGGACAGAAUUAACAGCAUCACUGCAGCGAAGCUGAUUUACAGUCACACUGUGCAGAUGGUGCAGUCCACAGCAUUGGAUGAGAUGUUCCAGCAGGGAGAGGACUGUAUCCAGCGCUACCACAAGGCACUGCUGCUAAUGGAGGGUCUCUCCCAGAUAAUCACGGAGCAGGAAGACGUGGACAACAUCAGCAAGUGUAAGAGUCUUUAAUUAAAUCAUUAUAUUCCAGAGAACAGGCUCAGAGAGCGGGCAAAGAGGUAGCAGGUAGAAUACAACAUGGGAAAGUGUGAGGUCAUUCACUUUGGUAGGAAAAAGAGAGGCGUGGAAUAUUUUCAAAAUGGGGGAAGGC